UGGUUUCGCGCCAUACACAGGCACACGGCCAUUAUCGACAAACGUUCAUGAAACGUGUAGACGUAAUAUAAUCAUAGUGUCACUCCUCUUAUUUUAGUAACUAUUCCAUUUGAAACAGAAAUCCCCUUGUUUUAGUUGUUUAAGUGUUAAGUGUAUCUAAAGAUGUUUAUUUAGAAUAGUGCUGCAUUGCAGACAAUUCUACGGCAAUUACGUAAUGGGAAUUAUGCUAGAGAAGUUAAAAGUUUUGCCCUGAAAUCCAAGAUGGCCGCUGACACAGGAAUGGACACUUGCCCUAGUCCGGAAAUCACGGACUCCAGGAAACGACCCCUGGAUGUAGACUCUGAAAAUGGAGAUGUCAAACGUUCACACUUUAGUUCGGUGCAAGACUUGGUGACGGCCUUGCCUCUGGCCAACGGCCAUGGCAAUAUUACGUCUCAUUUUGCAGUGGAGCCGACGUACCACUUCAAGGUGCUGGUGCCGUCCAUGGUGGCCGGCGCCAUCAUCGGCAAGGGCGGCGAGACCAUCGCCCAGCUGCAGAAGGACACCGGAGCGAGGGUCAAGAUGUCCAAGAGCCACGACUUCUAUCCUGGCACGACGGAGCGCGCGUGCCUGAUCACGGGCUCGGUGGAGGGCAUCAUGGUGGUGCUGGAGUUCAUCAUGGAGAAGAUCAAGGAGAAGCCCGAGCUGGUGAAGCCCUUCCCCGACGCCGCCGACGCCAAGAUGCCGCAGGACCGCGACAAGCAGGUGAAGAUCCUGGUGCCCAACUCGACGGCGGGCAUGAUCAUCGGCAAGGGCGGCAACUACAUCAAGCAGAUCAAGGAGCAGAGCGGCUCGUACGUGCAGAUCUCGCAGAAGGCCAAGGAGCUCAGUCUGCAGGAGCGCUGCAUCACCGUCGUGGGCGAGAAGGAGAACAACAAGAAGGCGUGCGUGAUGAUCCUGCAGAAGGUGGUGGACGACCCGCAGUCGGGCUCGUGCCCCAACGUGUCGUACGCGGACGUGGCCGGCCCCGUCGCCAACUACAACCCCACCGGCUCGCCCUACGCCGUGCCCAGCGGUGACGUCACUGAGAACCACGGGCUCGGCACAUCAGUGUCCUCAGUCCUGGUGAACGGAGCGGCGGGUAUCGGCGCGCUGUCUCUGACGCUGGCGCUCGGGCCGCCCGGGAGUGCCGCCCCCACGCCCAUCACGCAGCACACGCUUGAUCACAUCAAGGUGGCGCUCCGCCAGUCCGGCUACUCCGACGCCGGCAUCUCCGAGAUCAGCGCGGCACUAGCCCUGCUCGUCAAACACGGCGUCCUCGGGCUGUCGCUGCCGCAGCCCAUGCCGGCCGCGCCGCUCUCCGCCGCCUACUUCCCGCUGCCGACGCAGGAGCCCGGCGUGUUCGGACCCAUCGGACAAGUCGGACUCGGCGGCACGCGGGGCGGCUCGCUGGAGCGUUUCGCGGAGGUUGCAAUGGAGCUUCGGCCCGCAGCGGCGGUGGCGCCCAUCUCGCUGGGCGGCGGGUUCGCGGCGCCGCUGCUGCCGCUCAGCAAGAGCCCCACGCCCGCCGAGCAGGGCAAGGACACCAAGAACGUGGAGAUCGCGGAGGUCAUCGUCGGAGCUAUACUCGGUCCCGGCGGGCGCUCGCUGGUGGAGAUCCAGCAGAUGUCGGGCGCCAACAUCCAGAUCUCGAAGAAGGGCACGUUCGCGCCGGGCACGCGCAACCGCAUCGUCACCAUCAGCGGCGCGCCCACCGCCAUCGCCAGCGCCACCUUCCUCAUCGAGCAGAAGAUCCAGGAGGAGGAGCUCAAGCGCACGCGCCACAACCAGCUCUCGCUCAUGCAGUAGCCCCUGACACCUGUCACUGUGACGUCUGUCACACCGGCAGCUGUCACGCAGCCAGCUGUCAGCGCGAGCCAGGUGAAGGUUAGGUUAAAGUUUUCAAGGCAAUCGCUGUUAUAGGACGUAGGAGCCGCACCGCCCCGCGUCGCAGACGCUGCAAUAAUAAGCAUAAGUACAAGUGUCGCGCCGGGUGGCUCGUACUAAGUACAUUUUGUUGUAGUGUAAACCCUAGUUAUUCUAGUCAGAACACUGUUUAAUCACAGGAUCGUUUCCAUAGUCGCGGGGUCACUCGGCACCAUUAUAAUAAUUAUUAUAUAGAGAAAAAAAACUAAACAAGGGGGUUUGGAAUAAGUACACGGAUUUUUAAGUUACAUAUUUUAGAAGAGGAGUGGCGCGAGUUACCUGAGUGUAGUUAAGGGUAUAUUACGUUGUUUUAUUGUUUAAUAAUAACUGAGAGAGCUCGAUAGCGGGCGCAAGUGACGUCACGACACCUCGCCCUCUAUCGACAAAUAUUACCUAUUUACAAUUAAAUAUAUUAUUAUUAUUGCCUAUAUUGAUUUUAUGCAUGCAUACUAUAAAUAGAUAGUUUGAUUAUUAUAUACUUAUGUUUUCAUCGUGAUGACAAGUAAUUAUUUCAAAUCUGCCUAGCAGAGGUUUAUUGUUGUUUAAGGUAAUGUUAAUGAAAGUACGAUUGUGAUAACUCCUAUCACGGAAAUUCCUGUUCCAUACACAUUUUUAUUUUUGUAUAAUAUCACCCAAUUAUUUACACCGUUGAUUUCAUUGUACAUGUUACCAUAGAUAAGUUAUUGUUUUUAUUCCGAGGGACCGUCAAGGAGGUUUCACUGCCCGGGGCAGGCCUCCUCGCUGAUCCCUCGGGGUGUAGUUUACACAUUAUAUGUAUAUCUGUUAUCCAUGUUCCCAUUCACAUCAUAAAUGAUAGUGAGAUGUUGCUCAUUCACCAUUGACGCUUUAAUAUCUAAAAUUCAUUAUUAAGCAUAACUGUGAGAGCCAAAAAGUGUCCUAACCAAAGUUGGUAUGUUACGUUACUGAGUUAACUGAGUACAAUGUACGUGUUGGUCUUUCAAAGAUUUGUUUUUAAUUAUUGACGCAUCCGGUGAACUAGAAUCUGGUCAGUAGACGACGGGGCGCGGGCGACGUGUGUCCUGCACUAUGACGUCACGUCAUGACACUGUGUCGGUCGUCGCCCGUCGCCUUCUGUUUGUUGUCAUUCCUAAUUUUAUUGUCUCUCGGUGAAGAUCUUUAUUUUUUAUACGUUUUUAAAAAAGAUUCGUUUAUUUUAUUUUGUUAGUUUUCUGUUCGCGGUCUAAAUUACACGUUACGCUGUAAGUACAAUAUGAAGGAAUGUCCAUACGAGUUAGUAAAAAUAAUAUAUUUUGAAUUUAGAGAGCAGAUUUCUAUAUAUUAUUCAAGAAUAUGACAAUAUGAUAAUAGAUUCUUAUUUACAGUUAUAUUAAAGUUUAUUUUUGAAAUGUUCGCCAUUGUUUAGACGCGGUAGUUAAUUUGUCACUGUAGAGGUAAUGUUUUAACUGUGAUUGUUUUGACUUUGUCAAGGUACUUCGUGUCAGUUCCGCCCGCGCCGCCGCCCGUGUACUGUCGCGCACAUGUGGCCCACAGUACCGCUCGACUAUGUACAGUCGCGCACACGGGCCCGGGCGGCGGCGCGGGCGGGGGGCCGCCCUCAGGCGAGUCCUCGCUUAAACAUAGUUUAAGUUGUGUUUGUUUACCUCAGAAGUGCCAUGGUUAUGAGGGAUAUAACUAGUAACCAUCCUCAGUAGUCCGACCCGUGCUGGGCGCCAAAUAACUAAUAAUAAAUAUUCACCAAUAAACGACCCAAGCGCAUGCUUGUCGAUGAAAUGGAAUGAAGUACAAAACAAUGAAAUGAUAAAUAAAAACACUAAUAAUAAUAUUAUAAUCAAUUUCGGCUUAAAAGAGUUACGUACGAUAGUUAUAUUAUACUAGGAUUUGGAAUUGAGAUAUUUCUCGAGACCUCCGUAAUGUUAAAUAUAAAUAGUUAACAAAAGAAUGGUUUGUGAGUCCGCCGCGCCCCCUGGCGAGGCCGGCGUUGUUGUAGCGACGUAGUCACUCGUACAUUGUAGUUCGCAUUCUCGUAGCUAUAUUCAAUCUUUAUCGUAACUUAGGGUAUUGUUCAUUCUGGUGUUUCUCUCGGUCUUAGUAACUUGUGCAUGGCGGUGUCGAUAUCAGAAGUGUCAAUUAGCGGUGGGCUGAAUGUCGAUUACACUCGCUCAAUUCGUCGAUCUAUACUCGUUAGUGAACGUAGGUAAGUAUGUCAAUUAUCGAUCCGUUCGGACUUCGGGCCGUCUCCGGGUUACGAUCCUUUGCUCGUUCUGUCUUUCUCUUGCCUCUAUUGUUAGUGGGAGUGCCUCGACGCCCCCUACCUCAUAGUUAUCGGUGAAAAAUAGUUAUUAACAUUAUUAACACUAUAUGACUACGAAAUAGAUAAUUUAAUGAAAAAAAAAACACCGCAAAUAAAAUGUUAAUGUUGUUAUAUACCUGAAGUUGUUACAAAUAUUUGAGAGUAUAUUGUCGCGAAUACAAAAAUAAUAUUACAUAUUACAAACAUAGUGCGGUGGCGUGUGCCGGGUCGAGUAGGAGUAGGGGCUCUGUGAUAGCGGGAGUGCGCCCCCGCGGCCUCCGCCUGCAGUCCAAGCGAUGAACUCCAACACGAGUGCUGCUGUCAAUCCGUAAGUGACGGUUUUGUCCAGAAAAAGAAAGUUUUGUGUACAGUCAAGCGUAUUUUAGCUAAGAGAGACGCGUCGGUAUCCAACAGUCGAAGGAAAAAUUGGGAUUUGGAAAUUUGUAGGUGCGUUGCGCCAUCUAUCGGAAAGAAAUGAAGUUAGGUUCCGUGUGAAGUUAGGAUAUUAUUGGAUUAGGAUGGGUAAGGGAUGGUUGAGGUCGGCGAGUGGAGACGGAGCCGGCACGCGGGCGCCGCCGCCGCCGCUCCACACUCUGCCGUAGUGUAGCGCCGUUACAGAUAAGGAAUUUCAAUGUUGUUAGGCUAAGUUAGCUAGUAAUUAAUCAUUCUUCAUUCUACAGAGUUACGGUGGGAAGGUUACGGUAAGACGGGUGAGGCGUCUCAUCCUCCCUUUAAUUUAAUAGCUAAAUGUUGUUGACUUUGUUGAUAGAGUGGUUUAUUGUAAUGAGUAUAGUUUAGAAGGGGAGCCGCGCGGGAGGGGGGGCCGGGGGGAGCCGCACUGUCUGUAUAUACUUGCAUGUUACAUUCGUUUCAUUACGUUCUUCUCCUUGCUCAUUGUCAUCAAUCGAUUAAAGACUGAGGAAUCAACUUGCGCAUAUUGACAUCGUCACGAACGCGUCCCAAACGGUAGGGAAAUUGUAAUAUAAAUAAUUGUUUAUCGUCAUUAAAUUGUUCACCGGGCUCCCCGUUGUUGUCCACCCGCCCCGGCCGCCGCCCGCCCGCGCUGGGCGCCGCCCCCGCCUGGGCGCCGCCCUCGCCUGGGCGCCCCCGCGGCCCGGGCGGCGCCGCACGCGCUGCAGUCGUUGUCUCAUCAACUAUACACAUGUUGAGAUUGAUAUGUUAUUGUAAUUCUAUUGAAUUAUAUCUUGUUGCGUAUAAUAAGUACGUAUAGUGGGGACACGCCUCCGUACGGUAUCAUAAUAUGUUGAACGUUUUGUUUCUGUAAAAAUUCAGUGAUGGUUUUUUAUUUCAUAUUUUUUUGUUAACUUGGUUUACGAUAAACGGGUCUGCAAUGUUAUGUACGAGAAAUAAUAAUUAUUAAGUUUUGAAUUAAAAUUGGAAUUAGUCAAUGUUUAAAUAUUAUUUAGUCGUAAUUAUCAGAUUGAUUUUAAAAUGAAAUGUUAUUUUGCAAUGUUGUAAAUGAUAAGAGGUUCAUGUGAACGGAUACAAUGUCUAAGUGUGUUUCAAAAGCUCUGAAAUCCAAUUAAAAGGUACCUUGAACAUUGUCUAUAUUAUAUUAACAUUAAAUAAAUGCAAAACGAUUA